AUGGGUGAAAAUAUAGGUGAUGCUGGAUCCGAACCUAUACGUCCUUUCAAAAAUGGUGGUGAAAUAGAGGACUAUCUUGAAGAUAUACGCCAUAAGAAAGAGGAAGAACUGUUCUUAAAGAAGUAUACAAAGAGUAAUAUAUUUGAUACAAGUUUAUUGAUAGCUGCUAUGAAUAUCAUCAAAAGAGCACCAUCAUCCAAUCAUGUGAGAGAGAUUUUGAGUGGAUUGCCAGAGAAUCUUAAUAAGAAGUUGAGUUAUCAAGUUCAAGAUCCUUAUUUCUCAAAGGGUAUUAAUGAAAAAGAUCAUUCAAAUAAUAAUGGUUCGAGUUUAGCAGAUGAUGAAGAUAUUUAUGCUAAUGGUAAUGAUUUAAUAACUUCUAAAGAUAAUGAAAUAAUUGACAAAUUUACCAAACAAUCACAAUAUUGGACCCUAACACCAUUACCUGAAAUCCAUGAUACAAUCUGGGGAAAUCAAGACAUAGAUAAUCACAUAUACAUUGGCUAUACAUAUUAUAAAGGUUUCAUUGCUCAAUACAUACUACAAAGAUUCCCCGGUGAAGAUAUUGAGUUGCUAAGUCAUCAUUUAUCAAAUAGGCUGAUUUUCAAACAAUGGGGGUUGAAUUAUCAAAUGCCAUUGAUUAAACCAUAUACAAAAGAUCAAAUCUUUUUAGCAUAUUUAGGAGGAUUGGUUAGUGAAGUAUCGUUUUACAUUGAUUCGAAUGAGCAGAGAAUCCAAGAUUGGCUUUGUAUUUUAUUAGAACCUUUAGUAUCCCAAUUUGAAUCAUAUAAUGAAACAAUUGAUGAUGAUUAUCAUUUCGGUAUAAUUCAAGAUUGUUUAGUACGAGGUUUGGAAUUUGAAAUUUUGUUUGAAACUGUGGAUGAGCAUGAGACUCCAAAAUACUUGGUCAGGGUUAAAGUUGAUGAACAUGUGAUAUUGGGAAGUACAAGGAGUGCAGAAUCUUCAUUAAAAGCACAGUCUAAAGCAGGUUCAAGUGUUUUAAAUAAUCCAAAAUUGAAACAAUUGGCUCUUGAUUUGAAAUUGAAAUCAAAAGUGGACUCAAGUGGAAGCCAGAAAGAGACUAGUGUCAAGGAGGGAAGUCCAGAUGAUAUGGAUAUUGAUGAUACUAAAAGUCCAGGAGUUCCACAAAUAAGAGCCCAUGAGAAUACAAUUGGGGACCAUCAAAAUCAGAACGUAAACAAUGAUCAUAACACUAAGAUUCCACACUUUCAAUCAAAUCAACGCACAUAUACACACACUGAAACUCUUAAUCAACAACUGAAAACUACAUCAAACAAAAUACUUCAACAACAACCUAACGAACAACCGAACCAGCCAAAUGCCGACCAACUUGAUUAUCAACCAGUAGAAGUUGGAGAAUUAGAAAGAUUAAAGAAAGAAGAACAGGAGCAAGUGUAUCAAUUUAUACCUAAUGAUGAAAAAAUCGAUAACACUGCAAAGUCUGUAUUAAAUGAACACCUAAAGCAAUUGAAGAUCGAUAAAGCAACUUAUAAACAUGCAGUAUUAAGAUCAAACACUGAUAAAAAUUAUCCUAUUAAAGUUAUUGUUACAUGUUAUAUUGAAGGUAUACCAAUUGCAAGAACUACUGGUCCAAAUUCCAAAAUCACUGGUCAAAUUGUUGCUAAAUUUAUUUUGGAUUAUGAAGAUUAUUUCUUGGAUAGGUUAAAAGUUGGGAAAGCGGCAUAA